CUCCGAUAAGGAUCUGGUAGUCUCGAACGAGUCCGUCCUUGUUUUUCUUCGUCAGGCUGACUCCGUACGACCUUGAUCCUACCUCGUGUUCUUUGUGUGUCUUCGUUUACCUGCAGGUUAUAGAAAAGGCCUGCCUGGGAAUGCUAACCUGACAGGACUCCCACCUCUUUUUUCCUUUACUGUUCUCACGCUAUUCCGCCAGUCCCCCCGCAUUCGAGAUGGCGCCUAGCGUCCUCGAGCCAGCAGCGACUGCUGAAAAGGUGGUUUCGCUCGCUUCCCUCACCGAGAGCUACGAUGACACACUCCGCUUCUACCUCAAUGGCACAAAGGUCGAGUUGGACUCAGUAGAUCCGGAAAUUACACUGCUCGAAUAUUUGAGAGGAGUUGGCUUGACAGGAACAAAACUGGGCUGCGCAGAAGGUGGUUGCGGUGCCUGCACCGUCGUCAUAUCGCAGUUGAAUCCCACCACAAAUAAGAUAUAUCAUGCUUCGGUCAAUGCAUGUCUCGCUCCUCUGGCCAGCGUGGACGGCAAGCAUGUCAUCACAAUCGAGGGAAUUGGCAGCUCGAAAAACCCACAUCCUGCACAGCAACGGAUUGCCAUGGCGAGUGGAAGCCAAUGCGGUUUCUGCACCCCUGGAAUUGUCAUGAGCUUGUAUUCGUUGCUCAGAAAUUACGGCCCUGAGCCAUCCGAACUGGAAAUUGAGGAGAAUUUUGACGGCAACCUUUGUCGAUGCACGGGUUACAGGCCCAUCCUAGACGCUGCUCAGAGCUUCAACAAGGCGUGUGGCAAGUCGAUUGCAAAUGGCGGUUCAGGCUGUUGCAUGGAGAACGGCGGCUCAUGCAAUGGCGCCACGAAUGGUGAGACGAACGGAGCGGAUGCAGCAGCCGAGAAGAAAUUCACGCCUCCAUCUUUUAUCCAUUACGACAAGUCCACGGAGUUAAUAUACCCUCCAGCACUGAAAAAGCACGACUUCAAACCGCUGGCUUUUGGCAAUAAGCGAAAGAAAUGGUAUAGACCCGUGACUCUGCAACAGCUUCUCGAAAUCAAGAAUGCUCAUCCGGGCGCCAAGUUGAUUGGUGGCAGCACAGAAACCCAGAUUGAGAUCAAAUUCAAAGCCGCGCAGUAUUCAGCGUCAGUGUAUGUGGGGGAUAUUGCGGAGCUUCGACAGUACUCUUUCUAUGAUGAUUAUCUCGAAAUUGGCGGCAAUGUUGCCCUGACGGAUCUAGAGAAUAUCUGUGAUGAAGCUGUCAAACACUAUGGACCUACCAAGGCCCAACCAUUCAAAGCCAUCAAGAAAGCGAUCAGGUACUUUGCGGGCCGUCAAAUCCGGAAUGUUGGGACUCCCGCAGGGAACCUGGCGACCGCAUCGCCCAUCUCUGAUCUCAAUCCCGUCUUUGUUGCUACAAACUCGACACUGGUUGCCAAGUCUCUCACCAAGACUACCGAGAUUCCUAUGGCGAGCUUCUUCAAGAGCUAUAGGGUGACUGCGUUGCCGGGAGACGCUGUCAUUGCGGCAAUGAGAAUCCCUCUCGCCGCGGAGAAAGGAGAGUAUGUCAGGUCCUAUAAGCAGUCGAAGAGAAAAGAUGAUGACAUCGCCAUCGUCAAUGCUUGUCUGCGAGUCGCCCUCGACGACGACUACAAGGUAAAGAAUGCGAACUUAGUGUACGGAGGCAUGGCUCCCAUCACGAUCGAGGCCAAGCAGGCAUCCGGGUACAUUGUGGGCAAGACAUUUACAGACCCCCAAACGCUGGAAGGGGUAAUGAAUGCUCUGGAGCACGACUUCAACCUACCGUUUGGUGUGCCAGGAGGCAUGGCCUGGUACCGGAAAUCUUUGGCUCUGGGCUUCUUUUAUCGUUUCUACCAGGAUGUCCUUCUCAACAUUGAGGAAGCCAGCAAAGAGGUGGACAAAGAAGCAAUCGAAGAGAUUGAAAGAGAAAUUUCUCGCGGCGAAAAGGAUCAUGAUGCUUCAGUUGCUUACUCACAGAAAAUCCUCGGGAAAGAACACCCUCACAUGGCCGCAUUGAAGCAAUGCACUGGCGAAGCCCAGUAUACCGACGAUAUUCCGGUACAAAUGAACGAACUUAUCGGCUGCCUCGUCUUGUCAACCAAAGCGCAUGCCAAGUUGAUCAGCGUUGACCCCAGCCCGGCACUUCAGCUCCCAGGUGUCAUCGCCUGGGUUGAUAGGUAUGACUUUGUCGAUCCAAAAGCGAACUGGUGGGGGGCUCCUGUCUGCGACGAAGUUUUCUUUGCCGAAGAUGAAGUCUUUACGGCCGGCCAACCCAUCGGUAUGAUCCUGGCGAACACUUCUCAGCAAGCUGCCGCCGGUGCACGUGCUGUUUUGGUCCAAUAUGAGGAGCUACCGGCCAUCUAUACCAUCGAAGAAGCAAUAGAGAAGCAAAGCUUCUACGAGCACUACAGAUAUAUCCGAAGAGGUGACGUGGAGAAAGCGUUCAAAGAAUGCGACUACGUCUUCGAAGGUACGUCCAGAAUGGGCGGCCAGGAGCAUUUCUACCUGGAGACCCAGGCUGCUCUGGCGAUUCCCAAGCCGGAAGACGGCGAAAUGGAAAUUUGGAGCAGUACCCAGAACCCAGCCGAAACACAAGCGUACAUCGCGAAAGCCCUAUGUGUUCAAUCAAAUAAAAUUGUCUCCAAGGUGAAGCGUCUUGGUGGCGGAUUCGGCGGCAAGGAGACUCGAUCCGUUCAACUCUCCACCAUUUGUGCAGUAGCAGCAAACAAGGUCAAGCGACCGGUAAGAUGCAUGCUCAACAGGGACGAGGAUAUUAUGACCUCUGGACAGAGGCAUCCUUUCCUGGGUAUUUGGAAGGUCGGGGUCAACAAGGAUGGUAAGAUCCAGGCUCUCAAAGCCAACAUCUUCAACAACGCCGGUUGGUCCCAAGAUCUGUCCGCUGCCGUUGUUGAUCGUGCACUAUCGCAUAUUGACGGCUGCUACAACAUUCCCCACAUAGAUGUGGAUGGACGUCUCUGCAGGACCAACACUGUCUCCAACAGUGCGUUCCGUGGCUUUGGAGGCCCCCAAGGCAUGUUUAUUGCCGAGUCAUACAUGGAGGAAAUCGCAGACCAUCUGAAGAUCCCCGUCGAAACGUUCCGAGAAAUCAAUUUCUACAAGGAUGGUGAAGAGACACACUUCAACCAGGCGCUCGAGGAUUGGCACGUGCCCUUGAUGUACAAGCAGAUUAAAGAGUCCGCUGACUACGACGCCCGCCGGAAAGCGGUGGAUGAAUUCAACGCCACGCACAAAUGGCAAAAGAAGGGACUGGCGAUCAUCCCGACCAAAUUCGGCAUUUCGUUCACUGCCCUCUUCCUCAACCAAGCGGGGGCACUCGUUCACAUCUACCAUGACGGUUCUGUCCUCGUAGCCCACGGAGGUACGGAGAUGGGCCAGGGGUUGCACACCAAGAUCUGCAUGAUCGUGGCUGAAGCACUCCAGAUACCUCUCACAGACGUCCACAUCUCAGAGACGGCAACCAACACUGUCGCCAACUCUUCGAGCACAGCCGCAUCGGCGUCAUCGGACCUGAAUGGCUACGCAGCGUACAACGCAUGCAUGCAACUCAACGAGCGUCUCGCUCCGUAUCGCGAAAAGUUUGGCCCCAAUGCCACGAUGAAAGAGCUGGCUCACGCCGCGUACUUUGACCGUGUCAACCUCUCCGCGCAAGGCUUCUAUAAGACCCCCGACAUUGGAUAUAUCUGGGGACCGAAUCCUUCAGACCCAAGCAAGGAAAACACGGGCAAGAUGUUCUUUUACUUCACGCAGGGUGUGACCGCCAGUGAGGUGCUCCUCGAUACCUUGACUGGAGACUGGACUUGCCUGCGGUCAGACAUCAAGAUGGACGUUGGGCGAAGUAUCAACCCGGCAAUCGACUACGGGCAAAUCGAAGGCGCUUAUGUCCAAGGCCAAGGCCUAUUCACGACCGAGGAGUCUCUUUGGCACAGAGCCAGCGGCCAGAUCUUCACCCGCGGCCCCGGCGCGUACAAAAUCCCUGGAUUCAGAGAUAUUCCUCAGAUCAUGAACAUCUCGCUGCUGAAAGACGUGGAAUGGAAGAACCUCCGCACGAUCCAGCGCUCGCGGGGCGUAGGGGAGCCGCCUCUCUUUAUGGGGAGUGCAGUCUUCUUCGCAAUAAGAGAUGCCCUCAAGGCCGCCAGGAAACAGUAUGGCGAGGAAGAUGUGCUGAGCCUUAGGAGCCCUGCGACGCCCGAGAGGAUUCGGAUAUCUUGCGCAGAUCCGAUCCUGAAGAGGUGCCUGGUUGAGCCAAGAGAGGGCGAGAAGAGCUUCUUCGUCUCGAUUUGAGGAGACCGACCUGGGUUUGCUUGCGCACGAUUACAGGAUUUGAUGAGAACCAACGAGGAUGAGGUGUCAAGGAUCUGUGAUAAUAGAGUUCGGGCUGGAAAAGGGGAUUUUGUCCAUUCCCUGAACAGGGUUGGCAGAAGUCUGCGUCUAUGUCAGAGCUACAAGACUAGCAGAUUGCAACUGGUUCCGUUGUGUCAGAAUAUAUGCUAAGUAGCUCUCCCUCAUUCAUUUAUCUUUGGGAUAAAUAUGCCUGAGCCAUCAUAUGUGCACUUCCGUCGAGCCUGUAUCUACCAUUUAAG